AUGAGCAGACAGGCACCUACAGUGAGAUCUGUCCUUGGACGAAGAGGCUUCAGCUCAGCUUCUGAGAUCUGUGGUCGAAGCUACGCGGCCUCUGCGUGCCAACCUGUCCGAUGCGGAGCCUACAGCAGCAGGAGCGUCUGCAACCUAGGUGGAAACAGAAGAAUUUCCUACGUGAACGGGGUCUGCGGUACCGGAUGCUAUGGAGAUUUUGGCUAUGGAGGUGUAGGCUUUGGGAAUGUUGGAGGAAGGGUUGGCCUUUGCAGUCCUAGGGGAUUUAGUAUCGUGCGAGGCUACCCAGAUCGCAAGGCUGAAGGUAUCCAAGGCAUCUGCAUUGACGAAAGGCUCCUAAAGCCCCUCUGUGUUGGGGUCGACCCGCUGGAACAUGAAAUUCGCUGUCAGGAGAAGGAACAGAUAAAGACCCUCAACACCCAGUUCGCUUGCUUCAUUGACAAGGUCCGAUUUCUGGAGCAGCAGAACAAAGUGCUAGAGACCAAAUGGGGCCUCUUGCAGCAAUACGUCCUACCAAAGAAAGGGAAAAACCUUGAACUGUACUUUGAGAAUUACAUCUGUGAUCUGCGGAAGCGCCUGGACUGCUUGUUGUGCGAGAAGCAAAAACUGGGCAGCGAAGAGUGUGCCACAAGCCAGCUGGUGGAGGAGUUCAAGUGCAAGUAUGAAGAGGAAAUCAACAGGCGCACAACUGUGGAGAAUGAGUUCGUGGCACUCAAAAAGGAUGCAGACUGCAUCUUUUUGAACAAAGAAGAGCUGGAGGUGAAGGUGGAUUUGUUAAGAAGGCAGUUGGAAUUGUUGAAAUGCGUGUUUGAGGAGGAACGAGCUCAGGUGGAUCGCCAGCUAUGCGACACUUCGGUCAUUGUGAAAAUGGACAACAACCGAGACCUGGACAUGGAAAGCAUCAUUAAGAACGUUGAAUGCUGGUACCAAGAAAUAGCUCAGAAGAGCAAAGAGGAGGUUGAUGCUUUCUACCAAACCAGGUUUCAGGAGCUUCAGGAUAAAAGGGGCAAGUAUUGUGAUGAUCUGCAGAGCAAUAAGUGUGAGAUUUCAGAGCUUACCCGGAUGAUACAGAAGUUGCAGUGUGAACUUGAGAAUGCGAAGAAGCAGGUGACCUGUCUGCAAACCUCCAUUUGUGAUGUUGAGCAGCGAGGGGACUGUGCCCUGAAAGAUGCCCGGGAGAAGCACGUUGAGCUGCAGAACGCCCUCCAGAAGGCCAAGGAUGAGCUGGCUUGCAUGCUGCGGGAUUACCAGGAGCUGCUGAACGUCAAGCUGGCCCUGGAUAUCGAGAUUGCAACCUAUAAGACUUUACUGGAGGGCGAAGAGAGCAGGAUAUGUGUGGGGAACCCAGUGAGCGUGUCUGUGGUCAGCAGCGGCUACAACAUUCCCGAAGAGUGCGGGGUGUUGCCUGGAAGCGGGGCCGCGUGUGGCUACGGCUCCCUGGGAAGACGGUCCGGACGACACGGCUCCCAGACCGGAGGCUUCAGCUCCCGCAGCGCCGGGAUCCACCAGAGGAGAGUCGUCAGCUCUGUGGCCAAGCAGUGCGUCCCGGAGGUGUUUUGCCAAGCUGGAGGGGUCAGCUGCAAAAGCGGAGGGUUUAGCUCCCGAAGCGGGGGCUACCCGGCCCCUACCGUCAUCAGCACGGGGAGUCCAGGCUUGAACGCGAGGAUCGGAGCUUGCCAAGCUGGUGGUGUCGUCAGCUUUGGAAACCAAGGCUGUGUCAUCAGGCAGCUGGGGAGCUCUCCGGUUGUUGUGGCCAGCAGCCCUGAGGUUGUGGGGUGCAACAACGGAGUGGUGGGGAAUUUUGGGGUCGUCAGAGACCAGUGUGUGGUUCCAUAG